AUGGCGGCGCUGCAGCUCGUAAAGGGUUGGGUAGUUCUUCCUACUUAUGGACCUGGUUCUUCUGCUCAGGCGGCGGCGGCGCCUGCUCCGGCUUCCUCCGCUACCUCCUGCUGCUUAGCGGCGAGGUCCCCCUCCGAAUCCGCAAAGCGGCGCUGUUGCCAUCGACAUCCCCCUCGAUGCUCUCAAGGCGUCAGCAAUGGGGGUGGAAUCGGAGGUAAAUUCGCCUCGUCCGCUGCUGCUGCCGCAUCUUUCCUCUCUGCUUCCACCACUGCCGACGCCCACGCCCUUGGGGAUACCGCGGCGCCUCCCCAGACGGGCCCGUCGGUCUCAUCUGGGGCCGCGCCGCCAGCGGACGAUGUAAAGUUGAAGAAGGUCACCACUGACUCACUUCAGUAUGAGAGUGGGUACCUUGGGGGUAUUUCGGCCAAGACUCGCCCGUCAUGGGGGAUGAGUUGGACGAGUACUCCUCCGAGUUACGACAAGCCAAGCGCCAUGGAUUACCUGGCUCACACUCUCACCUCCAGAGUUUACGAUGUGGCCAUAGAAUCCCCCUUGCAAAUAGCUUCGAAGCUUUCAGAGAGACUCGGUGUCCAGUUCUGGCUCAAGCGUGAAGACUUGCAACCAGUAAGCUUUCGCAGCCCCCACCUCCAUCUCUUGCAAGUACAAGCCCGUGUUUUCGUCCAGUAGAACAAGUUCAUAUUUCUUUCUGACUUUUUUCUUUGUCACGUGUAGGUUUUUUCAUUUAAGUUGCGAGGAGCAUAUAAUAUGAUGGCGAACCUUCCCAGUGAAACGUUGGAAAGAGGAGUCAUCUGUUCUUCAGCUGGGAAUCACGCUCAAGGAGUUGCCCUGGCUGCCCAGAAACUGGGCUGCAAUGCAGUGAUAGUUAUGCCUGUUACCACACCGGAAAUCAAGGUUAACUUUAUAGUCAUCACCGUGAAUGGGUUUCAUCAGUAUUUCUCCGAUGCGUGGAGCAUGAUUUUCUUGUUCCAUCUUCUUAUGCUGAUCCAGUUUGUAUACGUUUUUCAGUGGAAGUCUGUUGAAAAACUGGGUGCAACAGUUGUUCUUGUGGGUGAUUCUUAUGAUGAAGCGCAGUCACAUGCCAAACAAAGAGCUGAACAAGAGGGUCGCACAUUCAUUCCUCCUUUUGAUAACCCCAAAGUUAUCAUGGGGCAGGGAACAGUUGGAAUGGAAAUCGUUAGGCAACUGAGAGGACCACUUCAUGCCAUUUUUGUACCCGUUGGUGGUGGCGGACUGAUUGCUGGUAUUGCAGCCUAUGUGAAACAAGUCCGCCCUGAGGUUUGUGGCUUUAACUCGUUAUGCACUUUGUUACAGGGUUUCUGUUUCUGUGUAGAUAUGCUUCCGAACGAAGAAGACCUUUAAUAGCUGUAAAUACAAAUAAGAAGAUGCUUUCCAUACUUUCACUCCUGUAGCUGUUGAUGAUUUGUCGUUUUCAAACCACAUGGAUAGUCACCAGAUGGUUAGAAGAUCCGAAAAAUGGCAUGUUUUGCAAGCGCAGCUCUUACUGUAGAGAAAUGCUUCAUGUCAGGCUGAGUUGGCAAACUUGGGGCCUUUCGCUGCCCGGUUGUACUCUAAAUCGUCUUUCUUUGGGCGUAUACUCUCUAUUCCUGUCAUGUGGUGGGACUUCUGAGUGGCAUGUUCGGGUUGAUUGUAUUUAUAUCAUUAAUGAAACUUUUGGGCUUUAAUGUAAAAUAAGCCAGAUGGAUUCCAGCAUGAAUAACUGCGGCCGAAUUUGUGCGUCUGGUCAAUGGGCUGCCAACUAAAUAAAUUCAUUCUCAGUGGAAGAGGACUAAGACAGGAUGAUCCCUAGUCACAGUUUUGAGUGAAAUGUUUCUGGCGCCUAAGAGAUUAGGUGGAUAGAAGAAUUUCAUCCAAGUGCUUCAGAUGUCCUAAUGAGUCACCUUUAAUAUGCUGAUGAUACCGCUUCUUCCAUUAUGCUAGAGAAGCAAGAGUUAGAUGUCAUAAGAUUGAUGCCUGUGCUCUUCAAAGAAAUUAGUCAGGCAGCUGUCGCCAUUAACAGCAAAAUAUUAGUAUUUUUAAAUGCUCUAGGAACCCCUGACCAUGCUGUGGUGCCAAUUUUUAUGAUCUGAAGUGAGUGAUAGCAAUUUUAGAAAUGAUUCAACCAGUGCAUGUUUUGACUUGGAUACUUGCAUGAUAAAUGUGGCUGUUUAUGAACUUGGGUUUAUAAUAGAUCAAUUAUGUGGAGUGCGGACAUUUCCUCAGUUUUUAAUAUCAUCAAAUAUUAGAAACAUGUUCAAUUAAUUAUAUUUUGGAAAUCUCUCUUGUUUUCUUUCUCGGCCCUGAGAUUCAUUACUUUGAUAGAAAGGUAGAUUUGACACCACAAUGCAUGUUUAUUUUUCUGUUCAGGUGAAAAUAAUUGGUGUGGAACCCUCUGAUGCUAAUGCUAUGGCGUUAUCAUUACAUCAUGGGCAGAGGGUCAUGCUAGAGCAGGUUGGCGGUUUUGCAGAUGGUGUAGCUGUUAAGGUAGUUGGUGAAGAAACCUUCCGCCUAUGCAGAGAAUUGAUAGAUGGUGUGGUUCUCGUCAGCCGUGAUGCAAUCUGUGCAUCAAUAAAGGUAAAUGAACUUUGACGAUAUUAAUUUGACAUAUUCUUUCUUUUCUGACAAAAAUAUGCAGAUUUCACAAUUUCGUUAUGAAUUGUAUGUUUAUAAUUAUUGGUUACCCUUGAUUGCCUAGUGGCUUUUGGCUAUUACGUAAUUUAUAAAAAUUAUGUUUGUAUGGAUUUUUGCUUUUUCUUAAAAUUUCUCAUCAGAAAUAAUAGUGUUUUGCCUAAGAUAUGUCUUGUGGAUUCAAAGGCGAAAUUAUCUUUUAGCAACUCUGGCUUCAUCAGAAUCUAUACAAAUUAUAAAAUCACCGGUAAUUGGUAAGCAUAAAAGCAUGCUCAAUAUAAUAUGCAGAAUUCCGAAUGCCUAUGUAGUAUAUGUUUAUUUUCUGUAAAUAUAUUGUACAAUUCAUUCGUCAUGACUUUAUCAACUGCCUUCUAUUUUGGGUUUUCAGUGUGCCUUAGGAAUUGACAUGUUCUGAUAUUACAACUGGAAAUAUUUGUCACGCGUUUACAGUUAUCCAAUAUUUAUUGGACGAGAUAAUGCCAUUACCUCUCCUGAAAGGUUCUCACGUAGGUUAUCUUUUGGUCUUGUAUUUUAACAUGAGGAAUGGAUUAUUCUGAACAUCUCAGAGUGAGUGCGGGACGCAUCUCCUUGCCAGUAGCUUGUAAUUGUACCAAAUGCCGAUGGCAUGUCUCUGGCCUCAUCUGUUCUGGAUGCCCUCUCUAUGCGAACUAGUCCUUAGUAGCUUUGGGAUACUUCUUCUUUCGUUGAGAAACUAUAUCUUGUGACACUGGGUUCAAAUAUAUAGGUAUUUAUAAUUUUGUACAUCCUUCAUAUGUGUAGCAUAGUUAGAAGGCAAUGAUUUGCUCCUAAAUUUGAUCACCGUUGUUCAUUGCAUUUCUCCUAGCUCUGUACAAUAGACCAAAUCAUUCUAAUUCUUUCCUUUUAAAACAGUUUUAUAAAUAAAACACAGAGAGGCUUUAUAAACUUAGAGAGACAAAGAAGUCAGCGCUGAAACAGCUUUAUAGAUAAACAAACAAGAGCCUUCUUUCCUUUGUAGGACAUGUUUGAGGAGAAAAGGAGCAUUCUGGAGCCAGCUGGUGCUCUUUCCUUGGCUGGUGCAGAAGCUUACUGCAAAUAUUAUGGUUUGAGUGGGGAAGCUGUUGUAGCCAUCACUUCUGGUGCAAACAUGAAUUUCGAUCGGCUGCGGUUAGUCACUGAACUUGCUGAUGUUGGUCGCAAACAAGAGGCUGUCCUUGCAACUUCUUUGCCAGAAACGCCUGGAAGCUUUAAAAGAUUUUGUCAACUCGUAUGUUACGAUUCCUUUUCUCCUAAAAUUGCGUUUCUUCUUCAACCUGUUUUCUAACGAGAUUUUUUGGUUGUGGAAGGUGGGUCUGGUGAAUAUAACAGAGUUUAAAUACCGGUAUGAUGCUUCCAAGGAGAAAGCUCUUGUUCUUUACAGGUCAGUGCCAAGUAAAUAGUUGUAGUUGCCGCACAUGAAUGCAAAUGAUUGAAUAUCGUACCCAAACAAAGAUAAAUCUUCAACUUUCCUGAAGUUAUUUUUGCUUUUAUUUGGUCAUACAUUACUGUCUUUUUCUUCAUAUUCGACUAUUUCCUUGUCUCAGUGUUGGAGUCCAUACUGCUACUGAGCUUACAUCAAUGGUGAGCCGCAUGGAAUCUGAAGAAUUCCAGACUGUUAAUCUUACGGAUAAUGACUUGGCAAAAGAUCAUCUUCGUCACCUGGUAAAUUUCGCUUCUUCUUGAUUCUUGCUUCCUGAGCAUUGCAUUGCAUGGUAGCAGCCGUUUUCAUGGGGAUGGAGCAUGCCUAAAACCUGUUUUCUUGCAACGACUGCAGUAACGGGUUUAAUUGUGCGAAAUUAGUUUUUAAUGUUUUCAGAAUCUUGAUGCUCGUUUAUUUUUAACUUCGUAGCUUAUUAGAUAGAGGCAAGGAUUCCACAAUGAAAGUCGACAAAUUAGUCUAAAAAUUAGGGUUCAUCAGUAUACACCCUUAUACCAAAUUCCCAUCGUGCAUGCCUUCAUGCAUUCAGGAUGCUUCUCUUUCUCGAGAGUCAUUACCGAUGUACCAUGUUCCGUGAUCUAAAUCCAAUAUGCUAAACCUGUUGAAGAUGGACUACAAAUGUUUAGCUUCUUAUUUGCUUUGGAAGAAAUCUUUCCGCUGAAGUGCGGUAUGCAGCAACCUGCUAGGUACUGGGGUAACUCGCGGAUUAGAAAAGUGUUAUGAUCUGAGUCUCAGUAUUGGAGAAAUAAUGCUUUGGGUGAUUUGUCAGAUUGCCCUAUUCAUUUUUUAUUGUGUUCUCACCGAAGUGCAGGUGAAUGCUUUGCUGAAUAAUUCCAAGGGGGAAAUUUCCGUCAUGGUUGGCUCUAAAGAUCGGGACACCGACAUAAUCUUUGUCCAUAUACUUGAUUAUUCCAGUUUGCAUGCUUGCAGUAGUAAUUCCUAACGUUGCCGGGCACCCCUGAUUGACUCAGGAUUUUCUUCAGAUUACUUUUCUAAUACACUGCACAAUAUUAUGUUUGGGUCUGAAGUAUAUCUCGUCUGUGGAAAUGGGAGUGUAGUCGUCCCAGAUUGACAUUGGUUGCUCUCUGAUAUGCUUGCCAGUUAAAGAAAAGAAGAGAGAGAAAAAAAGAGAGAGAGCCAUGAACUGCAUACGAUGGAUUUCACUUCAAUCCACAGAUGAACAGAGAAUGGGGUUGGGGUGCGGCAUCUCUUCCGCCGAUCCUCAUCUUUCAGUCACUGACCUCCGUUCUUCCCUCGCGGGGGAUUCAGGUGGGCGGCCGCACGAACGUCGAGAACGAACUGCUGUGCCGCUUCAUCCUCCCGGAGAGACCCGGCACUCUGAUGAAGUUCUUAGACGCCUUCAGCCCCCGCUGGAACAUCACCCUCUUUCACUACAGAUCUCAGGUAAGUCGGCCCCUCUCCUUCUGUAGUUUCUUCCCCUUCCCCACUGGAACACCACCCUCUUGCACUACAGAUCACAGGUCAACCCUUGUCCUGUUGUUUCCUCCCCUUCACCCCUGGAACAUCACCCUCUUCCACUACAGAUCUUAGGUCAACCCUUGUCCUGUUGAUUCCUCCCCUUCACUCCUGGAACAUCACCCUGUUCCACUACAGAUCACAGGUCAACCCUUGUCCUGUUGUUUCCUCCCCUUCACCCCUGGAACAUCACCCUCUUCCGCUACAGAUCACAGGUCAACCCUUGUCCUGUUGUUUCCUCCCCUUCACUCCUGGAACAUCACCCUGUUCCACUACAGAUCACAGGUCAACCCUUGUCCUGUUGUUUCCUCCCCUUCACCCCUGGAACAUCACCCUCUUCCACUACAGAUCACAGGUCAACACUUGUCCUGUUGUUUCCUCCUCCUCACCCCUGGAACAUCACCCUCUUCCACUACAGAUCACAGGUCAACCCUCCGGUAGUUUCUUCCCCUUCCCCAAAAUGCUCAUUCAUCUCUUUCUUCUUCCUUUGCAGGGCGAGGCCGGGGCCAAUGUGCUGGUGGGCAUCCAGGUGACCGGCGAGGAGAUGGGCGAGUUCCGAUCCCAAGCCAACGAGCUCGGCUACGAGUACGCCUUCGAGAUGUCCAACAAGGCCUACCAGCUCCUGAUGCACUGA